CUACAGAAAUUAUUGCUAAUCCAGCACAUUCAAAGGUACGUCAAGGUUGCUGCACUGGGAGCUAUUUUACACACACAGAGCACACUAGGUGGUAUUCUGUUGGACUCGACUGCCAGUGAUCUACUCAUCACAACAAAGCAAGCAAGAUCUGGACAGCACUGGUGUCAUCAGAUAUAAGAACACAUGCAGUACUGAUCAAGACAGUGAUAAGAGAGCUCCUAAAUAGUGCCCCACACACUCUGCACACUGUUAAUAGCUAGCUCCACUGCAAGAUGUCUGCCUUCUGGUCAACUAUACGAUGGAUCAAGAAGAGGAAGGUGACAGUGCUCCUGUUUGUAUUCAGCUUUAUAGUGAGUGGCCUCAUCAUCAACCUACUGGAGCUGAUGACUCUGCCGCUCUACUUCCUCAACAAGAAGCUGUUCAGACAAAUCAACUCCAGGAUUGUGUAUUUCCACUGGUGCAUCAUUCCGUGGGCGUUGGAGAGUUGGGCUGAGUAUGAUAUCCGUGUGUUUGCUAAAGAAGGUUUAUUCGAGACAUUCGCAAAUCAGGAACACGCCCUCUGCAUUCUCAAUCACCGUGGCGACCUGGACUGGAUGAUUGGAUGGGUGUUCAUAGAGAGAUCUGGAAUGCUGGGAGGCACCAAGGCCAUCAUGAAGGAUAUAGCCAAGUUCUUGCCGGGGAUUGGCUGGACCUUCAUGUUCAUGGAGUAUCCAUUUCUUAAGAGAGACUGGAAUAAAGAUGAGAAGAGACUGGCUCAGUCUUGCAAGAACCUGUCCGACUACCCCGUCAACAUGCUCCUGUGUUUGUUUGCUGAGGGCACUCGGUUCACACCAGAGAAGCACAAGGCCAGUAUGGAGUUUGCUCGGUCUCGAGGUCUCCCUGUCCUCAAGCAUCACCUCACUCCACGUACCAAGGGAUUCAACUUCAUCAUGAACCAUAUGGAGGGAGUGUUUCCCUGUAUCUAUGAUGUCACCAUAUGCUAUCGUAAUAACCAGGAGCCUACCCUGAUGGGUGUGGUCAAUGCCGAGCCAUGUAGCGCUGACAUGAUGGUACGUCGCUACCCUAUCACUGAUAUAGACACCUCCUCAGAGGAGGCCAUGUCACAGUGGCUUAUCAACCUCUUCAAGGACAAGGACGAUCUGGUUGAGCACUACCAAAAGCACGGCAGCUUCCCUGAGAAACAAGUGAACAUGCCCAAGAGACCGUACACUGACCUGGUGGUGAUGAUGUGGCUGGCCAUGGUGGGAGUGCCUGCUCUACUCUCUGGUCUCUAUCUGGCAUGGGUUGGCAACUGGCUGGUGCUGGCCAUCAUAGUGGCUGCCGUCGUGUUAGCGGACCGGCUGUUCCAGAUGAUAGCCCAUCAGACGGACACGGCCAAGUCGAGCUCUUCCUAUGGUCUCAGCUCUAAAAAGAAGUCCACUCAAGAGGCCACACCCACUCAAGAGGAUAAGAAAGAACAGUAACACUUGCUAGGCAUGCAAUUAUAUUAGCUCUUAUAUACCCGCCCACUCAUAUGUGCCCGCCCACUCCUCUGUGUUAUACUUAUUAUGCUUAUGCUGACUCUUUUCCUGAUUUCUAUUCGAUGACUUUAUAUUUAUUUACGAUCAAAAUGAAUUGUUUUCCUUUA